AUGAAGAACGCACUACACAAUCCAUUGCCUGCCUCACUUUCCAGCGAGUGCAAAAAGGCCGCCGCGAUUAUCGAAUCUUUCAUCAACCCCAGACUCAAGAUUGAUGGCGAGAUUCCGCGUAAGAUAUUCCAAGGAGCAAAGGGAAUCGCAAUCUACACAGCCUUCAGAGUGGGCUUCCUAGGCUCCGUCCGCUUCGGCUCAGGGCUGAUAGUCGCUCGCCUCCCCGAUGGCAGCUGGUCCGCUCCAUCGGCAAUGGCCAUGGGCGGCAUUGGCGCAGGUGGUCAAUUCGGUGCAGAAUUGACCGAUUUCAUAUUCGUGCUCACCACCGAUGCGGCAGUGAGAACGUUCACGCAGUCAGGUACUUUGACCCUAAGCGGGAACAUCUCUAUGGCUGUUGGGCCCGUCGGCCGGAGUGCUGAGGCCAGCGGCGUUGUUGGGGUCAAGAGUUCAACUGGGGUGUUUACUUACUCGAAGACUCGUGGGCUGUAUGGUGGGCUGACGGUUGAGGGUGGUGUUCUUGCGGAACGCGCUGCUGCGAAUAAGAAGAUGUAUGGGCGCAGGAUUCGGGCGACGGAGUUGUUGAAUGGGUUGAUUCCGUCGCCGCCUGAAGCGGAGGUUCUUAUGGCGGUUUUGAAUGGGGAUUUCUUUCAAUUUGACCCAUCUGUUCAGUCAACGGAGGAUCCAGCACAAACCCCUGGGCAGAGCACUGGAGCCUCAGUUCAAUCUCCUGCUGAACAGCCGCAGCAGGUUGCUGCCUCUAGCUCUGCGACUGCGGCUACCGGACCAGGCGCAGAAGAGACACCCGAAGGCACAGAGUCGUCUGCGGGGGUGAUUCACGAUGCGCGUGAACCAUCCAGACCCGAAACAGCGGCCUCAACUGAUCAACGGAUACCAGCUGCUGAGCUUGAGAGCGAGCAUGCUCCCGGAAAUACUGAAAACCCGAGUGAGGACACCCAAGAUGUGACGGGGUCGAACAUCCAAGAGACUGUGCCUACCGCUGAGCAAGGACCGGCUACAGAGCUGCCCGCAAAAUCGGCGCCUGAACCGGUAGAAUCUAUCACUGAAAGCCCUCACAACUCCUCUCAUGAAUCAACCACUCAACAUGUGUCUCCUGACAGCCAAAACACAGAGCAGGAUCAGAAGCAGGAGACUCAAGUGAAAGAGUCAACGAAUGACGCUAUGACUCAUGAAUUGAAGACCCAGCAACCCGAGCCUGUCACCGAACGUGUAUUAUCUAGCGACCUUGGCACAUCCUCCAAAUAA